UAGCCUAAGGGAAUAAUUUAGAAAGAGGAGUCUCGGCGUCGUGGCGUUGCGGUCCUCAUGUAUGGCCGUGACGACGAGAAGCAACGUUGGCGCGUGCCGGUGACGACGGACUUUUCCCUCUCGGCUGGCCGUUGAUGCGGUGGGGGUCGGCCGGACUCGCAAGUACUCCGUAGCUUCGCUGGGAAAUAAAGGCCCACGGCUCUCACUCUCUCUCUACGGCUGCGUGGGUAAACGGCGCGAUGGCCGCUGGCCCGAGUGCCGUCGAGGCGAAGGGCGUCCUGCGCGACAUCCUCGAGGCCCUUGCCGAGUGCGAGUUCUUCGAUACGGGAGCCGAGCAGCCGAUCGUGCGCUUCCUUCAUCCAGCCGAGCUACAGCGAGAAUUUUCCGCACAAUUGGGCGAGAAUGGGGCUAAUCAAGAGGAAAUACAUCAAAUUGUACGGCAGAUCGUCCAAUACUCCGUGAGAACGUUCAGUCCGCACUUUCACAAUCAGCUUUUUGCCGGCAUCGACGUCUAUGGCCUCGCUGGCGCUUGGCUCACCGAGGCACUAAAUACAAGCCAGUACACGUACGAGGUGGCGCCUGUCUUUACGCUCCUGGAGCGCGAGGUACUCGCCCAGUCCCUGGCACUGGUCGGCUAUCCCCCGAUGCCCGAGGCCGACGGCAUCGUCUCACCAGGAGGCAGCCUCUCCAACAUGUACGGCAUUGUCCUCGCCCGCUACCACUACUUCCCAGAGGUCAAGAGCAAGGGCCUGAACGGGCUGCCGACCCUCGGCCUCCUUACAAGCGAGGACGGCCACUAUUCCAUCACGAAAGGCGCGCACUGGCUCGGUAUCGGCACCGACAACAUCUUCAAGGUGAGAUCCGAUGAGCUCGGACGCAUGGACGUGAACGACUUAAAAUCCAAGAUUGUGGAAGCGCGGAAGAGGGGGUGUGUACCAUUUUUCGUGAAUGCGACUGCUGGUACGACGGUUCUAGGGGCAUUCGAUCCGUUGGAGGAAAUAGCGGCUAUUUGUCGGGAGGAAAAUAUUUGGCUCCACGUUGAUGCUUGCUUGGGCGGCACACUUUUGCUAUCGAACAAUUAUCGCAAUCGCCUCGCAGGGAUCGAACAGUCGAACUCCGUAUCGUGGAAUCCUCACAAAAUGCUCGGGGCACCCUUCCAGUGUUCCUUUUUCCUUGUCAAGGGCAAGAAUGCCCUGCACGAGGCGAAUUGCGCCGGGGCCAAGUAUCUUUUUCAGCAAGACAAGUUCUACGACGUGUCUUGGGACACGGGAGAUAAGAGCGUCCAGUGCGGCAGGAAGACAGACGCCUUGAAGUUAUGGCUGAUGUGGAAAGCUCGGGGCACCGCGGGAUUACGGCACUCCGUCGACGUAGCUAUGGAGGCAGCCGAGUACUUUUUCCAACUUGUUAAAAAUCGUCCGGGAUUCAGGAUGGUACUUCCUAAGUAUCAAGGAUCCAAUAUCUGCUUCUGGUACAUACCGCCAAAAAUGAGAGGUAAAUUAGAAAACGAAGAGUGGCACAAAAAGCUGCAUAAAAUUGCGCCAGAUAUUAAGGAACGAAUGAUCAUGAAAGGGACGCUGAUGAUCGGCUAUACACCGAUGGUUCACAAAGGAUACGAGAACUUCUUUCGCAUGGUUGUCAACUGCCAGCCUCCACCAACUCACGAGAAUAUGAACUACGUUAUCGAACAAAUUGAACACUUUGGCGAAGAUCUUGGCGGCGACUGACGGAAAAGAUCCGGUUUUGCUCUUGAUCGUUCAUCUUGGCAU